AUGGAGGAUGAACAAAGCGACGAGUGUACUCCCCUAGUUCGGCCACGGAUUAAGAACAGACCUAGCCCGGGUUUGAAGCUGUCCAAACGGGCCAGAAUCUGCUACGGUCUCGGUGGUAUACCGUACCAGCUGACGAACACCGUGCUUGGGUUCUACAUCAAUGUAUUUCUACUGGAAACUGCUAAGGUUCCUCCGUUUUACACCAGUGCAAUUGUCUUGAUUGGUCGGGUAUGGGACGCCAUCACAGACCCAAUUAUUGGGUUCCUCGUCUUCAGAACCAAGAGUACACACAGGUUCGGCAAACUCAAACCAUGGAUGGUUUUUGCUACCCUUCCAGCCAUCGCUAGCUAUAUAUGUUUCUUCUACACACCAGAUACAACCAAGUCAAUUUAUAAGUUUGCUUGGUAUCUCGUCUGUUACUGUCUGUUUCAGACUUUCCUUACGUUUUAUCAGAUGCCUUUUGCUACACUUACCCUGUGCCUGACAGAUAAUCAAACCGAAAGAGACCGAGCAACAGCCUAUCGAAUGGGUUCAGAGGUCCUAGGGAAUCUUCUCGGUCAGUUAGUUAUGGGUCUCUCACUAACACUCUAUCAAUUAAAACUGGGUCGUGGACCAAUCUUAUGCCGUGAUAUAAACGACACUUCAACUCUACCGCCCGAACAGGCUGUGAUAAAGAGUCGAGGAUAUCUGGUUGGGGCUGGUGUUUUAUGCUGUCUGUUUCUCAUAUGUGCUCUCUGCGUCAUUAUUGGAACUAAAGAGGUUACAUCACCGAAGCGUCAGAACAAGUACAAAGAGCCGUUUUGGCGAGCAGUUGUUAAGGUCAUCACCUUCGGACCAUGGCUGAGACAUAUCGCUUUCUUGAUCCCAUUUGUCUUGGCAAUUCAGGCCAUGCAGGGUAAUUUCGCCCUUUAUUCUCUACAUACCCUUGGAAUGAGAAGUUACCAACCGGCAAUCAUCGUUAUUUUGAUUUCGGCUUUUUUAAUGAUGCCAGUGUGGCGAAAGUGUGUUAAGAGAUUCGGAAAGAAAAUUACGUUGUUUCUUGGUAUGCUGCCUGCCGUACCGUUGAUAGUUUCGUGGGGUCUAAUACCGUACGGCAACGUCUGGGUGCAAUACAUUCUUGCUCUGCUCAUGGGGAGUGUUAUAGCAGUCGUGCAGUUGGUGCCGUGGAGUAUGGUACCUGAUGUCAUUGAUGACUUUUUACUGAAGAAAAAAUGCGGAUACGAGACCAUCUUCUACACCUUUUACAUCAUGAUUGUCAAACUCGUUUCGGGCCUUUGCAUUGGCAUCACAACUUUUGUAUUAGGAGUCGUCGAGUUCAAGCCUGGGGUUUGUCAGGUCACGGAUGAGGUCAGAUUCACUCUACGACUGUUGAUUACUUGCAUACCAGGUUGCUGCAUCGUGAUUGGCUUGGUCUUCCUUUACCUCUAUCCAAUCACAGAAGAGGUGCGGAAACAGAAUCAAACAAUACUGGAAAUAUGGAGGGAUGCUGGUGACGAUAAGAGGCGACAGACGAUCAAACGAUGCAUGGACCAGCGUUUCCGAUCUAAGUCAAUCAGGACACCGACAAUGACUUUCAGAUGAGACAUGGUUGGUCAGAG